GCCCAGACACUCAUUAUGACAAUUUAAAUUAUUUACUUUUCAAAUCAAGCAGAAGAACAGCCUUGAUCCAUCUGAACAUACAGUAUUUUUAAGCCUCCCUGUUUUCUGAUCUGAUCCAGUUAAUCAUGUUAUUAUACUGCUGCUCUAUACUUCCUCUGUUUCUUCACUCUUUUACAUUAAAAGCCUUCAUUGGUUCUGGGGCAAGAAUCUCUUGACUAUGACUAUGUGACAGGCUUGUAUUGUGAAAUUUGCAGGAAGUGAUGAGUAACGGUAACCGUAGCUUAACACAACAUAAAGACAACAACUAGAACUGAUGGAAUGAAUUAGUAAGCAAGAAUAUUUCAGUUUAAAGAUACCAUUUAUGUUUAAGUAUUUAUUGUAAAACUAAAUUGUGUAUUAUGUCAGCACAGUUAAAAGAACUUAUGAGAAACACAGGGAGAAAUUAUACACAGGGCAGUCUAUUUUUUGCAUUUUACACUUCAAACAUCCAAAAUGAGAGGAAAAUAAGAGCGCUAUGGCUGGAAUGUUGUUUGAGCUCCUGUGAAGUCAAAUAAUAACAGCUGAACAGAUUGACACGUAAUCUUUUUGGCCAUGAGAGUGAUCAAAAACAAAUGAGACACAGACACAGAUCCGAUCACACGUCCUCCCGAAGACACAGUGCACAAAACAUCUGAUUAUAACAAUGUUGUGUUUGUCUCUGACAUUGCUUGCUUGUGUGUCAAAGUAUCGGGGGAGUGGAUUUGUUAUCAGUGCCUUUACAUGAUCUGGUCAAAGUGCAUACUGCAUGUCGAGCUUCUCCCACACCAGUGAAUCUGCAUCCAUUCAAAAGGUUGUUUAUUCAAACUCUGGAAUAAACUAUAAUAAAGGUAAAGUAUUAUGUUUUAUGUUUAGCGGCGUGGUCAUAAAAUGUGUUUCAUAUUCCUGUAACGAUUUUUUAGCCUGAGGUGUUUUGUGAUCCUUCCAGCUUGACUGAUAAAAGUUUUAUUUGUGAGGAAAUUAAAACUCCUAUUGUCUACGUUUGCCUGUGAGCUUGUUCAUAAGUGAGUCAUUUGAUCAGGCUGCUGGAUGCCUUGAAAGUUUUUAAGUCUUCCCUAAAGGCAGAUUAAGAGCACAAGCUGAAGUGCUGAUUACUGAUGCAAUGUGAUCCCUGUCAUUAAGACAUUGAUCAUAAAUUGAAUCAUUAUCUCAGAUAAAAGCAACUUUGAUCAUUUCUAUAGGCGUACAGUAUAUAAUAUAUAUACUCGUGACCUUUAUAGGAUGAAAGCACAGUUAUAAAUGUUAUUGAUUGCUGAAAAUUGAUGGUGUGGCCUGCAGGUUGCAGGAAUGACUAAAGAAAAAACUCAAUGGAAGGAGUUCAUAGAGACGUUGAGUGUUCUGCAAUGGGCACUGACCUUUCUCUUUUUAGGAGUGAUUUGUAUCAUCUUGAUGGUGUAUCUUAUGUUUACCUCGCUGUGGCCGCUCCCCACUCUAUACUUCAUAUGGCUGAUGAAGGACUGGCAAACCCCUGAAAGAGGGGGCAGAAGAAUAACGGCUGUGAGGAAGUGGAAGGUUUGGGAGCACCACAGAGACUAUUUUCCAAUCAAGUUGGUGAAGACAGCCGAGUUGAAUCCAAACAAAAACUACAUCGUAGGCUGUCACCCGCAUGGUAUCAUGUGUGCUGGAGGCUUUGCCUGUUUCACCACAGAGAGCUGUGGCUUUGCGGAGGCAUUUCCUGGGGUGCGUUCCACCCUGGUAGUAUUGGCAGGACUCUUCAAGAUACCACUCUUCAGGGACUACAUAAUGACUGCAGGCCUUUGUCCAGUCAGCAAACCAAGCCUCACUCACCUCCUUUCAAAAAGUGGUAAAGGAAACGCAGUGGUGAUUGUGAUCGGAGGCGCUGCAGAGUCUCUUGCAUCCUCUCCUGGAGUCAACACGGUGGUCAUGAAGCAAAGAAAGGGAUUUGUCAGGGUGGCUCUUGAGUUUGGGGCUGACCUGGUGCCUGUUUACUCAUUCGGGGAGAAUGAACUCUUUCGGCAGGUCAUUUUCUCAGAUGGCAGUCUAGGUCGGAGAUUACAGGACCUGUUCAAAAAGAUCAUGGGAUUCGCCCCGUGUCUAUUUGUUGGUGAACGCUUGGCAGUGCUGCCCUACAGGACUCCAAUCACCACUGUUGUGGGAAGUCCCAUCUCAGUGCCAAAACGUGCCACACCUACUGAGGAGGAGGUCGACCACUAUCAUAGACUUUACAUGGAGGGCCUGUCCAAGUUGUUCCAUGAACAUAAGGUCAGCUGUGGACUUUCAGAAGGUCACAAGCUUCUGAUCAUUUAAAUGUUUCACUUCAGCAUGAACUGCGCAGCUGUUUUUCGUUGCUGUUUUUAAUGAUGAUUGCCCUCAACGGGACUCCAUCAAUGAGAGAUCACAGUGUGCAUCUGAUGUGGUAAUGAACUUGAUCUUAGAGUUCAUAUAGUAAGUUCUGACUGUAUGUGAAAGUAUUUAACAUGAAUAUUUGCCUUACAAUUAUUGAGACAUGAAGCCCACAAUUUGGGGAUGCCACACUCCCAAAGCACUGAAGAUAUUGAUGUCUUGUUAUGCUUUAUUUGACAUUAUGUUCACAUCCCACUUAAAACAUGUAUUUCUAAUGUGUUUACACAAAUCUGGAUAACAUGCUUCUGAUAAUAAAUUAUUGCUUAUGUCAAAAUGUGUUGCUUCUUUUUCAAACUAUUUGGGGUAGAACAGGAUUCAUGCUGAUGAAUUAUGUAGAUAAUCACAAGAAUGAGAGUGUGUGCUGCAUUUUUAAAUGUGGUUUUAAAGAAUGGAAAGGGCCAUC